AUGGAUGAAAGAAAGAGAAUUACUUAUAAAGAGGAAAUGGAUGAAUAUCGAGCAUUGAGUGUAGAGUCUGCAAAACAAAUAUUAGAGAAUUGCAAUGUCAAUACAAAAGAGUAUAUGAAUGGCUACAAGAAUGUCUAUAAUUUCGUGUCGAUGGCAGGUGAGACACAAUAUCAUGAUCAACUCUAUAAUGAAAUAAAAUCAAACAUUGAAAACUAUUUGAUCGUUGCCAAAUCUGAACAACUUUGUUUAUCAUUUACAUCUUACAACAAUAACAAUAAUAAAAAUAGCAACAAUAACAAUGAAAAUGAACAAAAAGAUAAAGAAAAAAUAAUUCAUUCAUUAAUUACGUUGUGGUUAAACUUUAAGAAAUCUAUAAAACUACUAAAGAAUAUGUUGGAACCACUUGCAAGAUCAAACCAUUACUUUGAAGGAAAAAAGAAUGUUAUUACCUUUGGUUAUUUUCAAUUCAAACAUAUUAUCAUUGAAUCGAUAUCAUUACAAUCGAUAGGAAUAAAUAUUCAAAACCUUGAAAACAAUGAAAUGUAUUUAUCAAUGUUACAGGAAAUAGAUAGUCAAUAA